AUGACACAGGAAAAAUCCACGGAAGCCUCACUUCUUGUAGUCAAGCGAGGGGAGUCUUUCAAUUGCCAUGGCAAUCCGGGGUUAGGCAUAGGGCUCAAUCCGUUCAAGAUUCCUUCAUUCGUCGCACUCGCAACCGGCACCUGGCCUCUUGUAAAUGGAUCGAAGCGCCUUUGCCAACCAUUGCCGUCUCCGCAUGUCCUGCACAUUGGCCACCACCGCAUCAUCUCGUAUGAGCUGGGCGGUCUUACAUUUCUGAUCCGCCAUGAGGUGGACAGCUUUGCUGGCGAAGGAGAAUCCCAAGGAGAUGGUAUCGGCUGCACAUCGAACCCAUUGGCCCUCUCGCAGAAUGAUCCUUCUGUGGGCAACAAGGCCUCUCCAACUUCCAACCUGAAUAUUCACGGGCUUGCAAAGUCAAUACUACGAGGCUCUGACCUCGGGAUCAAAAUCCGCACAAUUCAAACCUCGCUGGACCUCGAUGAAGUGAUGCCCCAGCUUUGCAUUUCACAGACACCGAACCUGGUCCCAGCCUACCAUGGUGGAGAUCGGCUCGAGUGCCUUGAAAUGGAAAAUGUCACAACUCAGAUUGAAGACUGGAAGGGCCGGCACGAACAUCAUAUUGGUGCUUUUGUCAACUUGAUCAAGACAUUUAGUGACAAGACUCGGCAGAUCGGUGGUACCGCCAUGAUCCGAUUCAAUCCAGCCACGGAUACGGUCGAUGCUGAUGAGACCCACGGUCUGAACAUGCUGCCCGAUGAUCUCUAUGCACUAUAUGCAAAGGAGACUGAAGUUGACCUCGGUGAAGAUAUGGUGUCAAGAUAG